CAGCAGCAGCCUAGCAGCAUCAUUCAGACAGACGCCUGGACACAGCCACGACACUGCAAACAGAUUGUGAGACUGAAACCAAAGGCAGUGAAAGGAGAACAAAUAAAAUAUUUAAAGGUGUGAAGUUCAAAUUACGGAAUUAUACCCCAUCACUAUGGAAACAGAGCCCAUGGUCAGCCCCCAAUCUCCUAAGGGUCCAGUCUCCCAGGAGGAUUGUGGUCUCUGGAUGGAGGUUGGCUGUAAACCGACAGAGGACACAGAUAUGGCCAAAGACAACUCCUCCCUGACUUCUGGGGAAAAGCCCUGUGAGGCCUGGCAGGCUGUCAUACCACCUCCCCCUUUGGUCAGUGCAAGCCACCCCGAUAGGAUGGAAGAGGAUGAUGACGUCUUCAUCCUUUCCCCACCAUGCAAAGACCCCUCUUGUCCAGAAGAGGGCAGCACUACGGAGCCCAAUGUUGGGGCCAUAAGCGUCACAGAGGCUAAAGAAAAUCCCAGGAGCUUAGAUGGAGUUCAGUCUGAGCAGCCUAGCAGCACUCCAGUCAUGGACAAGGCUACAGUAACAGUGGAAGAGGAGCAGCAGACUGAACUGAAGAAGGGAGGAUCUGUGGAUAUCACAGUGCUGACUGAAAUACCUGGCUCUGUCACGCCACCGCCAACAGACAGAUAUAAAGCAGUGGGUGCCAGUAGCCCUGAGCAGCCACAUCCGAACAUGGAAACCAGCAUUCUGAAAGAGACACAUUCUGUCCCAUCAUCACAGACAAGGGAGUCUGAGCCAGAGCACAGCCUUGACAACAAUAGUCAUCCAACCCAUGAAGGGACCAUCAUAGAGCCAGAACAUACAGACGAGACUAACAAUGAUGUUGAGGACAUGGUCGAUGGUAGAUCACUAGACUACGACAUGACCAAAGACGAGUGGGUCAGGAGAGACAGUGCUAGCAGUGAUGUCCAGUGCCUCCAGCCUCACCUAUCUAUUUCAAGAGGCUUAUCCAGAGAACAAGUAUUAGUGCCCUCGCCUCAGUCACCUGCCUCUGAGCAGCAGGAGCAGCAGGUUAGCAGCCUGACAGUAGCUGAAGACAUCCAGCAGGGGGAGCAGCUGCUGCAUCGCCUGCAUCUGGUGCAACAGAGACAGGACGGACAACAGGUGCCACAGGAGCCUCCGCCCGCACACCAGGUAGCCAUGAAGACAACCAAUCAGGAUACAGGCUACCAGGAGGUAGAGCAAAUCGAGUGUAGGAAGGAAGAGGAAGAAGAAGAGGAAGGAGGGAGUGAGGGAAGCGGUGAAGAGAGAGAGCAGGGAGAGAGAGUACAGACUGUCGAGGUGGAAGAGAGAGAGCAGGGAGAGAGAGUACAGACUGUCGAGGUGGAAGAGAGAGAGCAGGGAGAGAGAGUACAGACUGUCGAGGUGGAAGAGAGAGAGCAGGGAGAGGGAGUACAGACUGUCGAGGUGGAAGAGAGAGAUCAGGGAGAGAGAGUACAGACUGUCGAGGUGGAAGAGAGGGCAGCGGUAAGUGAGGAAGACACAGAGAUUCCAGAGAAACAACAUAUUGAAACAGUGGCAGGAGAGAAAGCGGAGGAGGCCCAGUCUCAUCCUUCUGCCCAGCUCAGUGUCCAACCUAUGGUCAGGAUUGAGAUGGAAUGCAGUGACGAUGACCAGAGUGACAGCGGGGUGUCCACUGACUUCUCCCCUGUCAGCACACACGAGAUCCACACGACCACAGCCCCCAUCAUGGACAACAAGGCUCCCCCACCCCAGAAGGAGACUCCCAUCGAGAGGGAGAUCCGGCGAUCUGCUGAAAGGGAGCAGAGCCUGCGUCGGUCCAGGUGCAUGUCAAACACCCAGGAAGGUCAGGAGGUGGUAGACAUCCCCCUGAUGAAGACUCCGCUGCUGGCUAAGACACUGUCCUCUAAGGCUGGGCCGGGGCAGGGCGCUGACUGGCAGUUCUCAGAGAAGAAGAUGCAGAAGGAGAUCAGCCAGGAGAUCCAUAGGGAGCUUGUCCUGGUGAACUUGGGAAAGAUCCCUGGAGUCUACAGCAAGGGAACAGUACGCCAGAUGAGCGAGAGAAAGCUGCUGUUUGAAGCCUUCCAACAAGGCAAUGCAGAAGGACCCACCAGGCACAGGAGACCCCUCACCACAGCAGGCCUGGGGAUGAGAGGUCAUGUCUACCCCUCUGUGCUGGAGAGGACGCGUAGCAUGGAGCUUGUCUCUUUUAAAGGCUGCCCUCUCUCUAGAGCCCACUCCCACCAGCUGUUUGACUUAAAGGCCCAAAAGGAGGCUAACUCAGGCCAAAACCCCAGUGCAGAGAACCAACCCGCCGCUAAAGGAGCAGCGAGGAAGGUGGUUAUUCUGGAAAGUGACGACACAAUCAUAGCCCACUAUCCAAACCGAGACAGAGGAGCUCAGCGCCUCUACAGAAGCCUAGACUGCCUAAGUAUAGGGGGUACUGUCUCUACAGAGGAGGAGCACACGGAUGAGGUGAGGGUAGAACAGCCAGGGGAUGAGGACGACAUCCUCAGGGAGAACCCCUUCUUUAAGCUGCGUCCCUCACUGGCCAUGAAGCCAGAGGUGGAGAGGGACAUCCGGGAAGCCAGGGAGAGGGAGGAGGAGCUGCGCAGGCAGAGGUGUAGUCUGUACGGAGAGGCAGGAGUCGGUGGGGGCAGGCCAGACGGCACAGAGGACCCCAGCCCAGACUCACCUACCACACGCAUUCCCUCAUCCACCUCCUCUUUCACAGCAUCAGUUGAUGGCCGACAAUCCAAGGGGAAGUUGGAUCGGACCUGGCCUCCUCCCAAUCCUAAGAGUGCUAGGGUGAACCCUGGACAAACACAGGAGCCCAAGGUUUACAAGGCAGGCGGCCAGAAAACUCCUCUGUGGCAGCGUUGGGAGGCAGGUAUGGUGAACAGGCCACUGCCACGGGAACAGGACUGAUACUGGAGGUCACCAAUACCAGGACUUCUAUAAGAUUAGCGUUUCAAAUGUAUAAUUAAGGAACUGGGAUGGUAGAACUGCAUAAUUCACUACGACGGGCAGAAACUUGAAUUAGUGUUAGCUUGAACAUUCCAUGCUUUGUAAGACUAAAAUCUGUUUUGUAUAUAACAUUACAAAUUCAUGACAAAUAUUCACAAUGUACAAAAGAUGUCCUCUCUCAUUUAACUGCUCUGCUUGUAAAGGUUUAACUCCUGUUCAGUGUUCGAUCAAAAUGACAAAUGUCAUCCACAAUACAGAGAAAUGUCAUUAUCAAGGACUGCAUAAAUGUGAAGGGAAUCAAAACUACUAUAAAUGUUUCAAUAAACGUAAAAAUGCCCUAAUCAUAUCUCAGUCCGUACAUAUCUCCGUUUUGUCCCAUCAGGCUUAUCAGGAGAAAUGAGGAGAAAUUAAGUGCAUACAUUAAA